GCCUGCCUGACAUAAACCACCCAAGGGAAGGGGAGGAGUGGCACUAGACAAGGACAUUAAUACUGUAACAUAGUAACACAAGGGGUAAAGUUGUGGAAGUUAGGGAAGGAAUUCGUUUUCAGAAAGGUCAUUAAUUAACUGGCUUGGUUACAGGGUGAGAAAAGGCCGAGACGCGCUUCCUGUUGGCUGUCUAACUUUUAGGAAUAUGAAACGGGAAAACUAGUUGACAUAAGAGAAGGUAAAAAAAACUAAAAACGUUAACGCUAUCCGGUGCCUGUCUGUUGCUUCCUUACUGAAUAUGGCAGGGACACGGACAAGAAGAGGGACUGGUUCGGAACAGUCUCGAACUGCGAGGGCAGCUGCUGUUGCUGAGCAGUUAAACCAUGAAUGCACCCUCUUAUUGGAACUGUAUAGAAAAAAGGAGACGUUCGCCGAGGAACUCACCAUCGACGGGGACCGCCUGGUGACCGUGCCACCACUCUCCUCCCAGCUCUCGCCGAAUGACAUGUUGUGGCGCCUCUACUCCGCCCUGCAACAGUGCCGGAACCUCCUGGAGCAUGCCAUUGGCCGGGAAGAGGGGGUGGGAAACGACAGGAACAGGACCGAAUACGAGAGUCAGAAGAAAACAGUGAGGGACCGGCUGGGGCACCUGCUAGAGAGCACACGGCUCCUCCUGGCGGACGGAGCUGGAACUGCAGCCUUCACUCCUGAUCCGAAGAAUACUGAGAUAGAUGGUCCGGUGAACGGCAGCCCGUUUGCGCUAAAGCUCUGGAUCUACCGCAUCUUCAACGAGCUGGAGCACUGGACGCUCACCGCCUCCAAGACCCUGAAGGCCCUGCACCCCGACGGAGCCACCCCCAAGGAGCGCAGAACGAGGGGGAGGGCAAGAGGGAGGAGGACCCGGAGAUGAGAUAGUAGAGAUUGGGAGAAGUAGCCUGUGUUGAGGAAGGAGAGAGCAGGGAAGACAAAGAAAGAGAGGGAGGGGGUGAGGAGAGAGAGAGAGAGAGAGAAAUAGAAAGAGGUACGGAUGGAAAGAAAGAGAGAGAGGUAAACAGAUUGAGAGGAUGAGGUGGAAGGAUGUGACGUGGCAGAAGAAAGAGAGAAGGCAUGCAGGAGUCAGAAAGGCUGAGAGAAAUGGAAUGAAGAGAAGGAAAAGAGUGACAACAGCCAGUGGAAGUAUAAAGAUUAUGUGAAAAGAGGGAGAAGAGUAUAUGUUAAAGUUAAUAACUAUAUACAGUGGUGACAUGGACACAUAAGAAAGUCUACUACAACAUACAACCAAUGUGUGACAUAACAGUGUUGAUUUUGAAGCAAUUUUGGUCAUUCAUGACAUACUAGCGCUGUAGCUCCACUUGCUGCUAACAAACAUAGGACACUGGGUGUCAGGUAGCCUACCGGUUAGAGUAUUAGGCCAGUAACUGAAAGGUUGUGAGUUCGAAUCCCCGAGCUGACAAGGUGGAAGAAAAUCUGUUGAUCUGCGCUCGAGCAAGGCGUUUAACCCUAAGUGCUCCAGGGUCUCUGUCAAUAAUGGCUGAUACCUGGUUGUGUCUCAAGGGGGGUGGGAUAUACAAAAAACACAUUUCCAUCUCACACCUCACACGUAUACAUGCAGUGAAACAGGACAAAUAUAAGCAACUUCUAUUUGACCUUUGACGAACAUAGAAUUAAAUGAGUUACAUAGACUGUUCAUCACUUGAGUCGAUCCCUUUAAAAUCUCUAAUUCGAGAGCUUGACAUUCUAUAAAAAAAAUCAUCUUUGUAAUUCAACAGGGUUUGAUGCAGCAAAAAGUGAGUUAAGGAAUUACUGAAGAAUUUCUGCUGUUUACACCUGGUAUCAAGAUGUGUUCUCUGCCUGGUUUUGCUGCCUAGAGUCAAAGGACUCUACCAUGACCUUCCUUUUGCCUACUCCAGACAUACUACGGACAGUCUUUCAGAAAAUGUCAUUUAGUUUCCUCCCGCUUGGCACACACUGGUUGAAUCGACGUUGUCUUCACGUCACUUCGUUGAACCAACGUGGAAUAGACAUCCAACUGACGUCUGUGCCCAGUGGGCUGUUGUCACUUUAUGUUAACUGAAUGGCAAUAUUCCUCCCAAGUGUCAUGUGAUCAUUAAUAUCAGCAUGAUCUUGAUUGUAACAUUUAGUGUGGUUAUUGUAAGAGAUUUGGUUUGGCAUUGCCUUAACACUUCAAAUCUGAAGAGGGAAAAGUGAUUUUAUACAACACAGGAUCCUUUGGAUCUGGAUGAAAUGUUCUGAUAAACUGGCCCCUGGAUCCCAAAACGAUCCCACAAAUGAGAUGUAAUGUUGGUGACAGCUACAGGAUCCACUUUGAUAAUGGAGUGUAGAUUUCCGGUUCAAGACAGUGGUUUAUGUGAUACCAAUCUCCGAUCCUUGUGGGCCGGUAUCAUGCAUUAGAUGGAAAUCUUAAUACCACAAAUUGUUUCACAUUUAAGAUGCAUCCCAAUAGCCUUGAAUGACUUCCUAUCUAUUUAGAGACCACAGACAAUGUAACAUAGGUCAUUUUGGGGUUAUGACAAGGUAUGAGAAAGGGUAGGCUAUUUCAUCAAGAGUACUUUCCCUUUAAAGCAGAUCUUGGGUCAGUUCUGCAUUUUUCCCACUAAUGGUUAAGGUUAGGAUUGGGGGGGAAGCUGAUCCUAGAUCUGUAACCAGGGGAAAUUUAGUCCCAGAACAUUCCAUUACUUAAUGCUGGAUGGUAAUCUCACAGAUUGUGCCUUGAAGUGAUGUGAUGAGUUUAGCUGUGCCCUGCCCUCUAGUGGCGAGUAGAGGAACCAAAACAAAAAAUCCCAACUGUGCAGCUCCUACUAGAGAACCACUGGGAAUGCAGGCUUUUGCUCCGGCCCUGCUCUAACACCAGACCCGGCUAAUCCAGUUCUGAACCUGUAUAAGACAGAAACAAAUAUAUAUAUAUUAUUAUUAUAUAUAUUAUUAGACAUUUUUUAAAACCCAAUCAUUACUAUAUGACCCCCAUUGAAACCGACCUUUAUGAUAUCAGUGCGUAACCGGCAAAUUGGGAGGGGUGGGAGGAGGGAUGUUGUUUAACCAUGUUCGCAAUUAACAUUAGAGCAGUGUGAGCAGCUGAUCAGUAGAAUAGGUGUGUUAGUGCAGGGUUGGAGCAAAGGCCUGUACACAAUAACUCUCCAAGAGGGAUGGCCAUCCCAGACUGGAUUGUUUUUAUUACCUUUGUAGACUCAGAUGCACUGUAGCAAAGUCUCCUCCAUUUUUACGCUGACUUGAAUAUGCACGGUUGCUGAGCAACUAACCCUUCCAUGACCUCUUGGUAUAGUGCCAGUUCCCCCUAACCACAGAUCUAGGGAUCAGAUUACCUUAUCCCCAAUCCUAAUUUUUAACCAGUGGGAGGAGCAAACAGAUCUAACCAUGUAUCAGUUGGUUAGACACAUUGAUGAGAGUGAGAGGACAGUAGUUAGACAUAGGACUUGUGGAUACUUUGUUAAAACACUCCAAACUAAUGUACUAACAUUUCCUGUUGCUGAUUUUUCUUUUGUUGUGUUUCAUAGAAACUCUGGUGUGGUGUGGGAAGAUAUAGAAACCCUAUUUAUUAUUAAUGUAUGACUUUGAGAUACGCAGAAGGUUGAAAUAAAUGUUGUAGAUUAUAUUUUGAA